CACGUUGACCUGCGGCACUGGACCACGCUGCGGGCUCGGGACGGCGCCCGCGGACCCCGCGAGCGUGCCUUCCACACCGCCACCGUCAUCGGCGACUACAUGGUGGUCUACGGGGGGAACGUGCACAUCCACUACCACGAGGAGAAGUGCUACGAGGAUGAGAUCUUUUUCUAUCACCUCGGCUGCCACCAGUGGGUCCCCAGUGCCGAACUGGCCCACGGGCUGCCCCACGACCAGGGGUCCCGGGGGUCCCCGGGGCAGGGCCGCUACGCCCACGUGGCCGGGGUGCUGCGGGGCAGUGUGCUGCUGGUGGCGGGGGGCUUCAGCGGGGCCCCCCGAGGAGAUCUUCUGGCCUACAAAGUGCCGGCCUUCGUCUUCCAGGUGCCGGCCCAGAAUUACCACCUGGACUACUGCUCGCUCUACGCCGAGAGGGGGACCUCAACGUGA